AGCCAGCCAUAAUAUGUUACAAAUAUUUAUUUUGUUAUUUGGUGUGUGUUUGAGCCAAGCAGAUCCAUUAAAGAAUAAAGACCUAUUUAAUAUACACGUGGUUCACAUAAAUGAUUUUCAUGCCAGGUUUGAAGAAACUGACAACUGGGGUAGAAAAUGCAGUAAAGACAAUUGCAUUGGCGGAUUUUCAAGACAAUAUGAGCAAAUUUCCCGUUUAAGAGACCAAGACCCAAAUUUGAUUUUACUCAAUGCCGGAGAUAAUUUCCAGGGAACAUUUUGGUACACGGUCUUUAAAUGGAAUGUCACGCAAUAUUUUAUGAAAAAACUUAAAUUUGACGCCAUUACAUUGGGUAACCAUGAAUUUGAUGAUGGUAUUAAAGGAGUCACGCCUUUUAUGAAAUCCAUAAAUGCUCCAGUAGUAGUAUCAAACAUUGAUGACUCUUUAGAACCAGAUUUUCAAGGUUUAUAUACCAAAAGCACAAUUAUAGAGAGAAAUGGAAAGAAAAUUGGAAUUAUUGGUGUUAUAACAAGUAGCACUUCAGCCAUUUCUGAAUCAGAAAAUUUGAAAUUUCUUGAGGAGUCUUCCAGUGUUAACACUGAAGCUGAAAAAUUGAUGGCAGAAGAAGAUGUGUUCACCAUUAUAGUUUUAUCUCACUGUGGUUAUGAUGCGGAUAAAAUCAUUGCAAAGAACGCUACCAAAAAAAUUGCUUUGAUUGUUGGUGGGCAUUCUCAUAGCUUUCUUUUCACAGGUGAACCAUCUCCUGGUCCUGAUGAAGUGGUAGGACCGUACCCUACCAUAGCAUCAAGAAAUGAUGGAAAUAAGGUUUUGAUAACACAAGCGGCAGCUUUUUGCAAAUAUAUUGGAAACAUAAGCAUUUUAUAUAACUCUAAGGGAGAAAUUGAGAGUUGGGAAGGCUCGCCUAUAUUUUUAAAUACGACUUCACCCAAAAAUGAAAAUAUUGAUAAAGACUUGCAACCAUGGCAAGAAGAGAUUGAUCAAGUGGGAAAUAAAGUGUUGGGAAAUUCUUUAGUACAUUUGGAUGGUUAUAAUUGUUAUCAGAAGGAAUGUACGAUGGGAAAUAUGAUUACCGAUGCUUUUGUGUACAAUUACAUAAGCAAGGCCGAAAAAGGAUCGUGGACAUAUGCAUCUAUUGCCAUAAUCAAUUCUGGUGGAGUUAGAAGCUCCUUAAAUAAAGGAAAUAUAACCUACAAUGACAUAUUAACUGCGAAUCCCUUUGGUAAUACAGUGGACGUAAGCGAAAUUCAAGGAAAAUACAUAAGACAGUUAUUGGAAAGGGUCGCAGCCCCUAAACUUAAAAGUCGUAGACUAAACGCCGAUAUGAGAUUAACGCAAGUUUCAGGAAUACAUUAUAAGGUAGACCUCAACCGACCAGUCGGAAGCAGAAUUCAAGACUUGAAAGUUCGCUGUCGCAAAUGCGAUGUUCCAAAAUACGAAGAUUUGAAUGAGAAUAAAAUGUAUCGCAUUAUAACUCCAUCAUUUUUAACGCAAGGGGGAGACAAUUUAGAUAUGUUACCAAAGAACUUGAAAAGCACUAUAAUUGGCCCUCUGGAUGUCGAUGUUAUAAUUAAAUAUUUGACUGACAAGUCUCCAGUUUAUGAAGAAGAAGGAAGAAUUAGUGUUAUUGGUGGUGAAUAGGAAAUACUAGAUAAUACUUAUUACUAAAAACGUUUAUAAUUUAAUAUAAAUACAAAAAAAUUCAAAAAUUUCAUAUACUUUAUUUUCCAUUUUGUAAGUGUAUAAGUUUGCGAUCUGAUAAAAUAAUUAUUACACGCCUAAUGAAGGUAACUGAGUGUGAAUAGAGAGAAAUAGCUGAAACUUAAGGAGACCAGCGAUAAUAGUAUGUGAACUGCAUACCAAUUAAUAAGGAUCUGGUUCUAUUUAGUUUCUCCCUUUAUUCACAGAAAUUCCCAUAAUUACACAGAUUGUUGAAUAAACUAAUAUCACGGGUUUACAAAAUAAAAACUUUAAUUAAAUGUUUGUUUAUAGGUUUGAAAAAUUGUAUCUAUGGAAAUGUUGCAUAUUUGAAUUAAAUAGCUACACUGUUAUAAAAAUCAAAAUGGUUCACAUGACUUUGUAGUUUAUAAAUUUUAUUUUUAGGGGAG